AUGGUCGGCGGUGGGGUUGGCAACGCUGGCGCGGCCCCCGUGUGGGGGGGAUCAGUCGGACGUGGCUCGCCCAAGGCGGAUUUCGCCACGUCGACCACCCCGACACACGAUGUGCCGGCGUUAGCGGCGGCAGCGGCGCAGCAGAUGCGGUCGCCGAUUGUGAAGACGCACCAGCCCUACAGUGGGGUGCCGCUCUCCAUGUUUGGGGUGGAGUCUGAGCUCGAGGGGUAUGCGGGGGUGAACAUGGACAACCUCGUCACAGUCAAGGCGGCGUACAAAAUAGGCAUUGCCCGGACGUCUGGCCCCAGCGCGGCAGGCGUGUCCUCGUCGCUUCACCGUCGCUCCUCGCAGCGGUCCCCGAUUGCCGCCCUUGACGGCAGUGUUCUCCAGGUGGGUCCAAUUGGUGGGUUGAGUGGGACCGCGGUGGCGUCAGCGGCGCUGCAGGGCACAUUAAACAGCAAUGGAUCAGGCGUGGCCGCAGCCCCGGUAACUGUGGCCGCAUCGACGCGUACGGUCACGGCGCGUGCGGGGUUAAAUAACAAGCGUAUGGUGAGUAUGGACGUAACAGGGCGAUCCGGCGGCGAUGGAGCUCUUACAGGAGCCGAGGUAUAUCGAUGCCCCGCCGCCUUCCGGAUUGUUGAGGCGGAGGAAAAGCACCUAAAUUACACUGGCGUGGAACUUCCGCAGUCAGAAAUAAACUUGGGAGAGACGGCAGAGCGGUCGCGGCGUCUGAAGCAGCGACAGCGCCAGGUGCAGUACGGCAAGGAGACAGUGGGGUACAGCAACUACCUUCGAGCCGUUCCAUCCCGCUGCGAUCGCGAGUUCCGUAACCCGAUGCACCCCAUGACCCCACGUCCCGAGUAUGACUGUAGCAAGCGUACAUUUGAUCGAUACCUAAAUAUUUGGCGACGUCAACUGCACCUUUGGGACGACUACGAUCCCAACAAUCUGGAGCCACAGUAUGUUCGCAUAGGCAUUCCCACGCUGCGUGGUCUAGGAUUGGAGUUGCCACCGAGCACGCCCGAAUGCCAGCAAACGGCUAUGCUUUCCUUUACGCCCAUGAAUGCACAGGGCGGGGCCGCCAUGUGCACUCCAGUCAUGCUUCGCCACAUCAGACGAGAUGUGUCCAUUUCAAUGGGUUCAUACCAACGACCAACGGGGCAUCAACAGGGAGGUGGCGGUGCUGUUUCUGCCGCCGCCGCUGCUGCAGGGGGCACAUCUGCGUCUUCUGGUGUGCCUCCGCACGCCCGUCCAUUAAGCGGCUGCGGCGGUGGCAGUUGGUCCAUUACGAACACGCCGCACACGCCGUAUCACGGCAGCACCCACUCCACAAGCAGUUAUCAGCCACCGCUACUGUCUGUGUUGGCCCAGCCAACCAUCUAUUCUCCACACUGGGGCGAUUCCUCUCGCCAAAGCUCACCCAACCCGCUUGCUGGUCAGCGCAAUAGUGGCUAUGCGUACCAUAAUUUGGCCAGUGGCCUGGCUCCGACGACGACAGCGGCAGCAGCUGGCGGGGGCAGCACAGCUCCCCCAACGGCGCCCGGCAACGCCGCGUAUUGGGAAGGCGGUGCCGGCGGCGGCGGCGGCGGUGUAUACCAUGGGGGCGCCAGCAAUACCGCGGGCUAUGCGUACCAUGGCUAUAGUUCCCCAUACGGUGGGCACCGUUACACGCCACAUUCUACACCGAAUCACUACCGCACCUAUUACGCUGGCAAUGCAGUGGGUGGCGGCGGUAAUGGUGGAAACAUGCCGAGCCCGCUCCCGCUGUGUGCCGGUCAGGAGGUGUGGGGCAACCCACCGCGGCACAUGCAUCAGUGA